ACAUUUCUGAAAGUCAAUUACACAAUCACCUGUUGGGAGCGAUGUAUGGAUAGUUAUUGUUUAUUUAUUGUUUUCCAAAAUGUCUUGUAAAAUAUGACCAAGCAAUAGUCUACCAAACAAAUUCAAAUAGGAAAAAAGAGGAGGAAGUUACUAAAGAUCAAACAAAGUGGAACAAUGGCAUCAAAUAUGAUGUCAAUUGAUGACAGAGAAGAAGUAACUUCAGAUGUAGAUGCUAUCAGUCUAGAUUCUGAGUAUUAUGACGCACUAGAAGAAGAUGAAGAUUCUGGGAUUUUGUCCGAUAAAGAGAUAUGGGAGAUAUCAACUCAAAUAGGAUUAGAUUGGUUUCCUAUCGGAAUUACACUUGGAUAUAAACAUUGCAUGAUGGAAACGUUAGAAGAUAUGUAUACAAAACAACCGACCAGACGAAAUUUUUGUAUGAUUGCCUCAUGGUGUAAAAUUGUGUCAAAUCUUCAGCUUAAAGCAAAAAUGCAACUUGCGAGUCAUUUUGCAAAAAGCAACAGAAAAGACAUAGCCGAACACAUUGGUGUUUAUUACAAGAAUGUACAUACUCCCGAAGCAGUUUAUAAACAGAUUCAACAAAUUACUUUCGACAAAUCAACUGGUGCUCAGUUUAGAGGUGAGCCACACUAUUGA